AUGCUAUCUUAUAUUCAUCCUGAUCUUGCCACUGCUUACAAUCUCAUGGGUAUGAUUCAUUUUGAAAUAGAUCAGUUAGAUGAUGCUAUGCGAUACUUUGAACACGCACUGAAUCUACACGAAAAGUCUAUACCGACUGAUGAUCCAUUAAUUGCUGCCGAUCUGCAUAAUAUGGCUAGGGUUGAUAUAAAAGCACAUCGAUUCGAUAUGGCAUUCACGAGACUCAAACGAUCUUUGCAAAUAAAACUAUCUGUUCUACCUACUAAUCAUCCUCUGAUUAGUCAUGCUUACGUCAAUAUGGGCUUAUUAUACGCUGAGCAGAAGCUUUGGACUGAUGCCCAUAGUUUCUAUGAUAAAGCAAUAGCCAUUCAACGCAAAACUUUACCAACUACACACCCUGAUCUUGCUGUAUCCUAUGCAAACAAAGCUCGUGUCUUUAUUGAAGAAAAACAAUUUGAUCGUGCGUUAGAAUUGUAUGAACAAGCACUUAAUAUUCAACUGAAAAAUAUCCCAUUCUGUGCGUCUCAUUUGGCGCAUACCUACGAAAGCAUUGGGUUAACUAAUAUCUAUAUUGGUAGGUAUACACAAGCCAUACGUUCAUUUGAAAAAGCUCUUCAAUAUCAACUCGAUUGCCAUGCAUCUUGGAGUCAAUUAUGUUCAUUGUACAAUAAUAUGGGUACAGCAAACUAUCGAAAUGAAGACUAUCAAUUGGCAUUAAGAGAAUAUCAGACAGCACUUGAUCUUAUUCCAUUAACUGAUCAUAGUUCGAAGCGCUUUUCUACUCUAAAUAAUAUCGCUACGGCUCAUUUGACAAUGGAGAACUAUUCUAUUGCUCUUCAUUUCUAUGAACAACUGAUUGAUACUUUGGAUAAUGUUGAUCUUCCUCCAUCCAACUCUAGUUUAAUAACUAUCUAUCAAAAUAUUGGUUUAUGCUACUUAGCCAUUGAAAACAAUGAUUUGGCCAUAGAGUAUUUUGCUCGAGUCGUUUCACUUACUGAAAAUCCAUCUAUCCUCAGCAAAAUUCAUUCUUAUAUAGGUGACGCAUUUACCGUUGUCUUAACAGUCAAAUUGAUCCAUAUGAUUCAACAUAUGAUUGUACUUCAAUAUACUUGUGUAACUAAUAGACGUGAAUCAAAAUAUUUUCCUGGUCGAAAUAUCGUUAUAACCGAAAAUGGUUUAAUGAAAUCUUUAUCAAAUAUAGAAAUUGGUGAACGUGCAUUAGUUAUGAAUAAAGAAAAUCAAUUAAUUUAUGAACCUAUUGAAGAUCUUAUUCAUUUAAAAUGA